ACUUUCUGACAGUGGAUCAUGGAACGUUGGCAGAAUCGUGUCGCUGUGAUAACCGGCGCCAGCUCAGGCAUUGGAGCUGCUUGCACGCGACUUUUGGUUGCUGCCGGUCUGCAGGUGGUUGGCCUCGCACGUCGCACCGAGCGACUGGAGCAACUACGUCAAUCGCUGCCCGUGGAGCAGCAGUCACGUUUCCAUCAGCGGACCUGCGAUGUCUCUGCUGAGGGGCAGGUGAACAGCGCCUUCGAGUGGAUCGAACAGCAGCUGGGCGGCAUCGAUGUGCUCAUCAACAAUGCGGGCAUUGUGCGCGAUGGCCAAUUGCUCGAUAUGCCGGUGCCAGAGAUCAGCCAGAUACUGCAGACAAAUCUGAUGGGCAGCAUUUACUGCACCAAGUUGGCAGCGAGCAGCAUGAGACGCCGUCAGAUGGCCGGACAUUUGUUUUUCAUCAACAGCACGGCCGGUUUGGCGGGCUACAAUCCAGGACCUGUGGAUCCCAGUCUCAAUGCGUAUACGCCUAGUAAAUUCGCAUUGAGCGCUGUGCAUGAGAUCUGCCGACAGGAAUUGAUCACAGCCAAAUCAAAAAUCAAAACAACGAGCAUUAACCCCGGCUGGGUGGCCACCGAGAUUGUCUCGGAUGAGAUUAAGGCGCAGCUGGGCGAUGUGAUCCUACAAGCCGAUGAUGUGGCCCAAGCGGUGCUCUAUGCACUCUCCUCCUCCCCCAAUGCCCAGGUGCAGGAGAUAACGUUGCGGGCGGUGGGUGAAUGGUACUGAUAACAUUCUACAGUCUGUCUCUCUGUCCGUUUGUCUGUCUGUCUGUUUGGCUGUGUGAAGUGAGCACGUGUUCUGGGGCUUGUUGUUUUUUCCCUUUCCCUUUCGCAGCGCGUUUGUUAUUGUUGAAAUGAAGUAAUCAACACCAAAUAACAAUCAAAUGAAGGCAAAACGACUCUCGCACACUCACUCUUGCCUUCUCAUUCACUUACACCCGCCAUCUCUCUCUCACUCACACUCACACAUAUUGUGUGGCUUUUACUUUUCCUUCUUUCUUUUUUUUGUGGGCCUCAUUUCGUUUUUAUUGUAAUUGUUAUGAUUAUUGUUGUUGUUAUUGUUGGUUUGGCUGUUACAGUUUAACAACAACUCCCCAAAAUAAAUAAUUCAGUUUUAUAAAUUAAUAA